AUGUCUCGCAUUGAUGUUAAAAAGCCUUCAUUGAGUACCAGUGAACCUUUCACCAGGGAGACCAUUAGCCAUAUUCUGUCUGCAUUCAGUAAAAUAGUGAAGUCCUGCUACGGCCCCACAGGUAGGCUUAAACAACUUCACAAUGGUAUGGGAGGAUACGUUCGCACAACAUCACAGUCUUCUGCUUUGCUCAGUGGCCUUUCUGUCACCCAUCCAGUAUUAAAGCUUCUGACAGCCUCUGUACAGAAUCAUAUUGCACGCUUCAGUGACUGUGGCUUAUUUACAGCCAUUCUUUGUUGCAGCCUGCUUGAAAAAUUCCAAGGCAUAAAUAUUGCUUCAUGCACUUUCAUUAAAAUCAGCCAACACCUCUUGAGCCUCUGCAUUGACUAUCUUGCAUCCGAAGUAUGUGGCUGUAGAAUACCGAUGGAUUUUAACAGUUCUAAGCUUCCCCUUGAUUUAGUCCGCAGUAUAUUAACCAGCAAACGAGCCUGCAUGCUUAGUAGAAAAGAAGCCGAUCAUAUUAGCAUGUUGGUUUUAAAGGCCUUUCUGUUCACAAUUCCACAGACCGUUGAAACCAAAGCUGUGUUAGGAAAAUGUGUUUAUAUACCCAUAAAAGAUAAGAGAGUUAUGGAUUCUACUGUAUAUCGUGGACUAAUGAUUGAAAUCCCAGAAUUCCAUUUGACACGAAUUCUUCCUGCCAAAAGAGCUACUUCAGACACUAUCAAGAUGGCACUUUUCUGCAUGUCUCUGUCGGGAGACUUGUCUGACACUGGAGAAGGAACCAUUGUUGUCCAUCAUGGAGUUUCUCUAGAAGCAGCAGUCUUAGAUCAGUUACUUAAUUUAGGCAAGAGACUAGUAAAUGAUGGCAUAGGUCUUAUGGUGUGCCAGAAGGUUAUUCACCCAGCCUUGAAACAGUACUUGAAGGAGAACCAAGUUGUUGCCAUAGAAAGAGCUGGAGUAGCGAUGAUGGAGCCCCUGAAGCAAAUGACAGGAUCUUGGCCUAUACCUUCUCUUCAGUUUCUGUCUCCUGCUUGCUAUGGCAAUUUGAAGGACUUGCAGGCACAAUGUUUUGCUUCCAAGUGGUUUUUGCAUCUAAUUCCUAUUGACCCAGUUGUCUGCAGCUUGAUGCUCUGUAAUAGAAAUGAAACAGCAUGGGAUGAACUGAAGCUUGCUUGUCAAACUGCAGAGCAUGCUUUGCAAUUAACCAUCAAAGAUCCCUGGGUAUUGUUAGGCGGUGGCUGUACAGAAACUCAUUUGUCCUCGUACAUAAGGCACAAGAGUUCCAAUAUGCCAAGUAGCACCUUGGAAAAUCUAUGCUGCUCUCGGGCAGAGUUCCAGAUUGUGGCAGACUCCUUUUGCCUCUCACUAGAGUCUGUCGCUUGCUGCCUAGCACAUGGUGAUGACAUUGAAAUUCUCACUGAUACCAAUUGGGGUCAUUUGUGGCCCAUUCAGCCUGAUGUUUCUUGUACCUUUAGCUGGUCAGACUUGGUUUCAAAGUGUGGGUGUGGCCUCUGCAACAAACGGCAAAACCUCCAUUGGCAGCUGCUGCAAAGUCGUACUAGUCCUUUCUCCCCUCAAAGUUGUGUGGAUGACUCGUCCGUAACCUCUGCCGACAAUCUCAUUUUGGACUGUUUUGCUGCAAAAAGGAAUGGCCUGCAAGUCGCGGUGGAGACAACGAGUCUGCUUUUGGAUCUGUCAUAUAUCAUUGAAGACCAUAAUUAGUUCUCUUUGCAUAUUCUGGUGGGGUUUCAAGCUGAUCUUUCUAGCAAAUCUCCUCCGACCCUGAAAAGUCGCUAAAGAAGAUUUAGAGUCAGGCGAGAUGAUGCACCUAUUGCAUGACUGGGGCCCAUGGACUUGAUUUUCCUGUGUAAAUUAGACAUACCGGAUGAGGGGGGAUCCAAAUGUGGGUCUAGGGUGGAAGUAUGGGGGCUCUGGUUGUUCCAUCCUAGUCUGCAUCGGGAUUAGAGAGCCCUAUGGCUGCUAUUUUGUCUCUAUAGAAGAGCUUUUUUUCCUAGUGAAAAUAGACAACUGGAGCUUUUUAUGCAGGGCAAACAGCAGCCCAUGGGAGAGGUGGGGGAUCAGAUUGGGAUAACUGUGAGGGAAAGGGCUAAAGCCCCGCUCCCACUGCAGUCCCAAUCCAGAUUGCAUCCCCCCACCCCACAUAUCCUAUUGUUGGAAAAUCAGACACAUAAGUAGAUGUAUCCUCUUGUUUUGUUAUGAGACCUUCUGAAGUGGCGUGCAAUGUCACACACGGGACUCUCACCCCAUCCCCAUAUGCAGAAGCAUUUUUCCUGUACACGUGAGCUUCUUUCGAUCCCUGCUUCUAUAAUUCUUAGGAAUGGCAAAAGAUUAUAGUUUCCAGGGAUUGAAACUCAAAACCUGUAUUUCUAGUCUUUUCAUUCAUACACCUUUUAUAGGUUUUAGUAAGAAUGUUGUUAUUGGGAAAAUACUACAUGCUGAUAGUCUAGAAUACAACAAAAUGUGGUAGUAAUUAUCAAGAUGGUUGAUGUGAUAUAAGAGCUGAACAGGGCUCCAUAAACUGAGCUGAAGUUACUGAAGCCGCCUGAUGAGACUGACAAUUGCAGGUACCCAACAGCUUAAACCCAUCAAAUGAGUUAGUUAUGCAUGGAAAGUAGGUUGCAGAGUGAAAAACUGAACUUUGUCUCAAAUGCAGCAUAGAGCAUAUCUAAUUCAUCUGAAUUAUAUAUUAAAAGGCAAAUCAAAAAUAAAAUUGUGUUUCAAAAUAA